UACGCCGAGGAGGCGUCCAAACAGCCCAUCAACGACUGUGUCAUAACAGUGCCGCCGUAUUUCACUCAAGCGGAACGACGGGCCCUCCUAUUGGCCGCCGAUUUGGCCAAACUUAAGGUCCUUCAACUCAUUAACACAAACACCGCGUUUAGCCUCAAUUACGGUGUCUUUCGGCGCAAGGAUUUCAACACAACGCUCACGAAUAUACUCUUCUACGAUAUGGGCGCCAGCAGUACCACAGCCACUAUAGCCUCCUAUCAAUUGGUUAAGACCAAGGAUAGGGGGUUCACGGAAACCAACCCUCAGGUCACCAUUAAAGGUGUGGGUUACGACCGGACACUGGGAGGUCUGGAAAUGCAGAUCCGAUUACGCGAUCAUUUGGCGAAACUGUUCGCAGAGCAGUCCAAGAAGAAGUUGGCGGACAUCACGUCUAAUCACAGAGCGAUGGCUAAGCUGUUCAAAGAGGCGGGGCGUCUGAAAAAGGUGUUGUCGGCCAACAGUGAACACAAGGCACAGGUAGAGAAUGUGAUGAAUGACAUCGACCUGAAAGCGAUGGUCACGCGCGAGGAGUUCGAGAAUAUGUGCGAAGACUUAUUGUCUGAACGGAUCACUAAACCCAUUGAAGAGGCGUUUGUGUCAUCCGGGUAUACGAUGUCUGAAAUCGAUUCUGUGAUUAUAGUCGGCGGUAACACACGAGUGCCUAAAAUACAGACUGUUUUGCAAAAGUAUUUCGACAAAGAGUUGUCCAAAAGUAUUAAUGCCGACGAAGGGGCCGCUAUGGGCGCUGCAUACCAGGCCGCGUACCUGUCCAAGGGUUUUAAAGUGAAGACAUUUACGGUAAAAGACGCGAAUUUAUACCCAAUUCAAGUGGACUUCGAGAGGGAGACCGACGAGGGAAACAAGAAAUCUUUGUCGCGAACCCUAUUCGCGCGAAACAACGCUUUCCCGCAGAAAAAAGUGUUGACUUUUAACAAACACUCCAAAGAUUUUGAGUUUUCUGUUAAUUACGGCUCAAAGAUUGAGGACUUUUCGACCAAUAUUUUUAACGUGUCACUAAAGGGUGUGUCGGAAGCCAUUGGUAAACACGAGUCGGAGGACUCGAAGGGAAUCAAAGCGCACUUCCGUAUGGAUGAGAGCGGUCUGCUUACUGUGGACAGCGUUGAGGCCGUGUUUGAGACCAAAGUGGAGUCGGAUGCCGAAGAGGUGGGCAAUAUAGUGGGCGACGCCAUCUCCAAGUUCGGCGAAUCCAUUUCCAAACUGUUUGGUCGCACAGACGAUGAGACGCUUCUCGAAAAAGCUAACGAAACGGAUUCGACGGCAACUAAUGACACGACGACUAACGCCAAGAAUGAGACAACGGAUCAGAAACCCGCUGCUGAAGAAGGGGUUAAUAAAACGGAUGCGACGAAUACGACGACAAAUGGCACCCAAACGGAGCCGAAGAAGGAGUUGAAGAUUAAGACAAUUAAAGAGCCGAUCGAUACAACUGUUGUUGUGUUGGAUUUGCCGACUCUUAGCGACGAUUUGCUGCAACAGUCGAGGGAUAAGCUGAAGGAAUUGGACGACAAAGAGGGGGAGAAACUGAAGAGAGAUAAAGUGAAGAACACUUUGGAGUCAUUCAUAGUUGAGACUAAAGUGAAGUUAGAAGAGGAGGAGUACUCGCAGUCGACCACCGAUGACGAGAAGACCAACAUUCAGACACAACUGUCCGGUGCGUCUGAUUGGUUGGAGUACGAGUCGGACGGCGCGGAGGUUAAGCUCUUUAGCGACAAACUGUCGGAACUGAAGGCACUGACGAAAGCGCUGUUCGAGAGGGUUAAGGAGCACCGGGAGAGACCCGAAAUGUUGGGUGCGCUCAACAAUAUGCUGAAUAUCAGUGCAAUGUUUUACGGCGGCGCCGUUAACGCCUCGGCCGACGACCAGGUGUUCACUGAAGUGGAACUCCAGACGCUCAAGAAGUUGAUCGACGACACGAAGGCGUGGGUGGAGACGUCGACUGCCGAUCAAAACAAAAUGGCUAAAAGCGAGUCACCGAAGCUCACCCUCAAGUCGAUCGCCGAGAAAAUGGGGGCUUUGGACCGGGAGGUGAAGUAUAUGUUAAAUAAGGCUCGCAUUACACCGCCGAAGAAGAAGGUCGUGGACACUGAGAGCGCCGAUAAGAAAGAGGGCGAAGAAGGAAGUGAUAAAAACAAGACAUCCAGUGAUGAGAGCACUGGUGAGACGCCAGAGGAGGACAACAAGAGUAAAGACGAGCCCAAAGCCGAGGCAAAGGACGAGACAAUUAGUGACGAAAGCAUUAAAUUAGAGAAAUUAGAGCCCAGUAUUGAAGUAAACGACAAUUUAGAGGACAUUAAACAACAUUCCGACGACAGUAGGGGUCAGACGGCCGACGAUCACACGGAGUUGUGA